AUGGCUCUCCUCGACGCUGCCGCGCCGCCGGCGGGGGGGCCGACACUUUUCGGCAUGUCCAUGAAGCAACUUUCCCUCAUCACGCUCACUUUUCAAAACUCGGCACUGAUUCUGAUCAUGCAUUACUCCCGCAUCAUGCCUCCCGUGGGCGAUCACCGAUACUUCACAUCCACCGCAGUCUUCCUCAAUGAGGUGAUCAAGCUGUCAAUUUGCUUGACUUGCUCCAUUGCAGAGGUUUCGCGCACAUUGGCACCGUCCACGCCGGCCACCGUCAUCUUCGAGCAGAUCUUCAACUCCGUGUUCUCGGGCGAUGGGUGGAAGCUCGCAAUUCCAGCAACACUAUACACGCUGCAAAACACACUACAAUACGUCGCUGUUGGGAACCUGGAUGCCGUUCACUUCCAAGUUCUAUACCAGCUCAAGAUUCUCACGACCGCUGUCUUCUCCGUUACGAUGCUUCGCCGCGCGCUCGGUAUGAAGCGCUGGAUCUCUUUGAUCAUCUUGACCUUGGGCGUAUCCAUUGUGUCACUUCCCCAACCUUCGUCCGCAAGCCAUGCCGAAUCGACGUCGGCCAGCAUCCUCCUACACGACACCACAGACCAUUUCUUUCCUCGCUCCGUGCACGAGCUUGGUCAAGCUGCCGAGGGUGCGGCGGAGGUGGCCCGUGAGCUCACCAAGCGCGCCGCGGACGGUCUCGCGGGCGUUGGCGGAGAAAUCGUGAAGCGGUCGGCCUCGUAUCAGGGUAUCCAAGAGGACCAAGACCCGUCACCGCUCAUGAACUACUCGAUUGGACUGACCGCCGUGCUCGUCGCCGCCGUCGCCUCGGGUCUUGCUGGAGUCUACUUUGAGAAGAUGCUCAAGGACUCAGGAACCCAUGCCUCUGUAUGGACGCGCAACAUCCAGCUGUCGUUUUACUCGCUGUUCCCUGCUCUAGCAGGCGUUAUCUUGAUUGAUGCGGAAGACAUUGCCAAGCAUGGUUUCUUCGAUGGCUACAACUGGGUCGUAUGGACCGCAAUCGUAUUCCAAGCUGUCGGCGGCGUGCUUGCGUCGUUGUGCAUUAACUACGCCGACAACAUUGCAAAGAACUUUGCUGCAAGCAUCAGUAUCGUUAUCAGCUUUCUAUUCAGCGUUUGGUUCUUUAACUUUGAAGUCAAUUUCUCCUUUAUUCUCGGUACUACUCUGGUUCUUGCCGCGACCUACAUCUACAGCAUUCCCGAUCGCAAGGGCCGCCCGCCACCGAUUACGAUUGCGAGCUACGAGAAGGCAAUGGUUGACCCGGCGUACACGCCAGCCGUCACCGACGAAACCAAGCUUAACCUCGACCCGCUCGAUGCGGUCCGCAGCAUGGGACUUUCGACGUCUAGGCCAUCGUCGCCUAUGCUGCACCACCACCGAGCGCCAUCAGCCAGGGGCAAGAACCGCGACGACUAA